CCAGGUUGUGAUACGUUCAGUCUUAUCAUGGCAGCCUCCGCUGUAAAGGGGCUAACCGCAUUGCGUUCCAGUACUGGUCGGCGUAUUGCGUUUGUCAGAAAAAUUCCUUGGACCGCGGGAUCGAGUGAGCUAAGAGAACAUUUUGCUCAGUUUGGCCAUGUAAGAAGGUGCAGUUUACCUUUUGACAAAGAGACUGGCUUUCACAGAGGCUUGGGUUGGGUUCACUUUUCUUCACAGGAAGAACUUCAGAAUGCACUACAACAAGAACAUUUUAUUGAUGGAGUAAAAAUCGAUGUUCAAGCUCAAAGAACAAAGGUUCUGCACGGGGCUCAAACAUCUGAUGAAGAAAAAGAUUUCUGAGAUGAUCAGUGUAUGAUCCAUUAAAUAAAUAGAACUGAGACUUUU